AAAAUUCUCUAGGCCUGGAGAGCACGGCCCCAGGCCGUUGACUACCGUUGACAGCACGCGGACUUUCCUCGCGAGCCGCGUACUGUAGUACCUAACCUAUGUCAGCUUUCACUGCCAUGAUGCCACCAUUAUUCACUCAUUGCUGUAUGAACUGGGCUGUUAAGCCAGUUCCAAUUUAGCGUUGCGUUUUCCUUGCCUCCAGCUGGAUUUGAAGACACGCUAUGGGCCUCUUUUGGUAGUGUGUACAUACUGCGCGCCUGCUACAAUGGCGCAGCUGCGGACAAGCGAAACGCGCCAAAAGCCCAUCAGCGACCCGGAGCCCCAGGUGCUGCGGGAGUUUCGUUUGCACGUGGAAAAGCUGUCGCAAAACUUGAAGAGCCAAUCCAAACUGUAUGGCCUCUAUCAGUCAAUAUUCAAUGUAUUACAACCGCUGCAAACUUGGUGCUCUGGUCAUCCGCAGCAGCGCGAACUGUUCCGGCACGGCGUUGCCAUUUUGCAGAGCAGCGACGCAUGGCCACUGCUCCUUCAGUGGCUGGCCAAGGGCGUCAGGAACCUGACGGCGUCGGGCAGUAUUCAACAACUUGUCGCCGGCGCGCUCUCGCUUUCGCCACGUGGGGGUCAAGCUCCCGACGGCGCAACAUCGGGCUCUGUGCACACGCACAAUGCCGCCCUGAUGCUGGUGUUCACGGCCGUGCACACAACCUCCGAACUUGCGCGAGAGAUGCUCUUGGCCGCCAGGCCCAGGCGCGGCCACCUGUUUCUACCAUCGUCUCCGCCACCACCACCGCUACUGCUCGAAACGUCAUGCCGCACAUUCCGAGCGCUCCUCAGCUCGCACAUCCUUCGCGCAUACGCGCGUGUCGCUGCACACGCCGCUGACGCAGUCGCCGCCGCAGCCGCCGCGUCCAUCUCGCCCGCCCGUGGGCGUAGCAGCGCCGGACGCUCCGGCAGCGGCAGUAGCAGCGGCGGCAGUAGCAGCAGUGGGGGCGGCGGCAGUAGCAGCGCUAGCAGUGCCGAGGGCCUGGCUAAGAUGGCGCUGGAGUCGCUCUCUGUGGCGUGUGGCACCUGCGCUGAGGCCGUCACCGUCAAUGAGCAGCUAAGGCGGCUGCAGGAGGAGCUGGAGCAGGCGCGACCGCCACAAUUGCCGCAACUGCAGCGGCAAACGUUGCAAUCGGAGCAACCGGUGCAACCGUUGCAACUGCAGGGGCAACCGCCACGCCGCUCUGGCAAGCUCAAGGGGCAGCCGGAGGAGGCGGUGGCACAGGCACGCGAUGUGGGCCCGAGCGCAAGCACUAGCGGUGGCAGGGGCGGCAGCAGCAGCGGCCACGGCGGCAGCGGCAGUAGCGGUGGCGGCAGCGGCAGUAGUUCAGUGCCCCAGGAGUUUGGGCCGCUGUUGUUGUCGGAGGUGGCUGCCAGUGGCCUCCUGGAGCACUGCGCCCGCCUGCUGCUGCUGAGCGCCGGCGGCGCCGCCACCGCGGGUGCGGGCGCGAAUGUGGGUGCCGGUGCAGGGCUGGCAGUAGCAGGUGCCGUCAGCAGCAGCAGUAGCAGCGGCAGCAGCGGCCUGUUUGAGCGGCUGUGGUUUGGCCUGUGCAUCAAUGCCAGCAAGGUGGGCCUGGAGUGGCUGGCGCACAGCAGUAGCAGCGACAGCGGCAGCGGCUGUAGCAGCCCUAGCAGCGGCAGCUGCGGCGGCGUUUCGGCUGCAUUGCCGCGGUCCGCGCCGCCCGCGCCGCCGCCGGCGCCCUGGGGCUCUUGCCUCCAGACCUACGCGUGGAGUCAGGUGGCGGCGACGCUGGCGGCGGCGGGCUUUGGCGGCGGCGAGCGGGGCGUGUGGGGGCUGCCGGCGGAGCUGGCGGCGGGGCUGCCGCUGCUGACGUCCCCAGAGGGCGAGGAGCUGACGGCAGACGAGCUGCGGCGGCGGGCUCAGUCCCGAGGCCAGGGGGUCGUGCGGUUGUGUGUCGAGCCAUUCCAGCUGCUACUGCUGACGCUGGAGGUUGGGCUACGCUGCCGGCUGCUGGCUGCUACAGCCGGCGCAGAGGUGGCUGCUGCUACAGCCGGGACAGCUGCAGCAGGGCCAGCGCAGGAAGUGGUGGUGGUGGGCCCGGCUCGGCCCCGGGCUGGCUCGGGUGCGGGCGGCGGUAAGCGGAGGCACGGCAAAGGCGGUGGCGGCGGCGGCGGUGGCGGCGGCAUCGGCGGCAGUGGCAGUAAAGGCCGAAGCCGCGGCGAGACCGCUGGCCCCAGCAGCUGCAGCAGCGGCACCAGCACCAGCACCACCGGCGGUAGCAGCGUUCAGCCUGUGGGCGGCGGCGCUGGCGACGUGUGGUCGUUUCCGUUCAGCCCACGCGCGGCGGCGCUGGUGCUGAUCCGCUCGGCGGACCUUGCAGUGGCGUCCGUGGCGGCGCCGCCACACACGGCCUCCAACAAGACCUCGGCCAUGACCAUGACCAUGCCUUCUUCGCCCACCACACCCGGGGCCGCAGCCGCAGCCACCAAGGCCACCACAGCCGCCACGGCCGCCACGGCCCUCCGCGAAAAGGCCGGCGCCGUGUCGGCGCCAGCAACGUCGCAGCGGCGCGCGUGGCAGCAGCAGCAGCAGCAACAACAGGGCCCGGUGCCAGGGCUGCCGCUGCUACGCCUGCAGCGUGACGGCGCCUCGGACCUUGCUCUUGCGGCGUUGUCACGUGCGCGGCAGCUGCUGCUGGGCCAGUGGCGGGAGGCGGCGGGGCUGCUGGCAGUGGAGCGGGAGCGGCCGCCUGCCGCGGCGGUGGUUGAGGAGGAGGCGGAAGCAGGAGCGGAAGCAAAGGCGUACGGCCGCGGGCAUGGCCGUAGUGCGGGUGGGGGUGGCAGCGAGUGCGGAAGUCAUGACGGCCACAGUGGUGGCAGCAGCAGCCGGAGCAGCAGCAGCGGCGGCAGCGGUGGCGGCAGCAACUGCGAUGGCAUCCGUAGCGGGAGCCGCGGCAGCGGCGGGGGCGGCGGCAGUGCAAAGGGAGACAGCAGCUGCGGUGGCGGCGGCUCCGCAGCAGCCCGCACAGGCUGCGGCGGCGCCGCCGACGCCGCCAUUGCCAACACCAACACCAACGCCACCGCCGCCGCCGCCUCCCAGGGCGACAGCGGCUCCAGCAGCUUCCCGCAGCUUCCGUUGGCGUGGUGGCGGUCGGCGGCGGCGGUGCUGCGGUGCUAUGCCGGCAUGACGCCGCCGCCGCCGUCAUCGCUACUGCCGUCACUGCUACUGGGGGCGCCGCCGCCGCCGCCGCCGCAGCCGCGGCCCCGCCCCGCUCACCACCAGUCCGACUGCGACUGCGGCAGCUGUGAGCAGGACCCGGCGUUGCGGCUGUCGACUUGGGCUCGGGAGGCGCUGCGUGCAGAGGCCGCCUGCAGGCCGGAGGCGGAGGACGCUGCGGCGCCGCCGCUGACGCCCCGCCCGCCGCGGGGUCUGGCGGUGGCGGUGGCGGGUGGCAUAGUGCCGGCGGUGGAGGCGGCGGUGCGCGCGGCGCGGCACCACCCAGAGGCGCUGGGCAUUGCGUGCGCCUUCCUGCAGGUAAGCCCCCACGGGGUGGUGGGCGGCGGCGGCGGCUGGCCGCUGUUCCGGCAGCUGCUGGCGUUCGCGCCGCCGGCCCAGACGGCGUCGCUCAUCACCAGCAUCGGCAAGCGGCUGCACGCCGCCCUGGACACGGCUGUAGCAGCCCUGGCGCCGCCGGCUUCCGCUAACACCCCUGCUGGCGGCAGUAGCGGUAGCGGCAUCAGCGGCAGUAGCAGCACCAGCGGCGGCGGCGCCGCCGGCGCCGCCGGCGGAAUGACACGUGCGGCGGCUGUACGGCAGUUGGAGCAAUGUACCUCACUCAUCACGUCCGUACUGCCAGCGGCGGCGUUUCGCACCGACGGCGGCGGGCUGGCGGCGCAGCGGCGCGUGUGGCUCCUGGUUUGGCACGCCAUCCAUCGCUGGCUGCCGCCGCUGGCACGCUGCAUACGGCUGCUGCAGCUGCUGGACAGCAGCGAUGACAGCGGCAGUAGCAGUGGCGGAGGCGGCAGUAGCGGUGGCGGCAGUAACGGUGGCGGCAGUGGCGGCGGCGGUGGCGGCGGCAGUAGCCGAGGCAGUCAGGAACUGCUGCUGCUGUGUGACUGCUACUCGCGCUGUGUGCUGGAGCCGGUGGCGGCGCUCGCGGACCGCGCGGCAGAUGCUGCGGGCGAGAACGGCAGUGGCAGUAGCAGUAGCAGCGGUGGUGGCGGCAGCAGCCAAGCUGUAGCCGCUGCUGUGGCGGAUGCAGUCGCCGGCAGCUGGCGACAGUGGCUGUUGCACGAGGCUGACGUGCUGGGCGUGUGUGAGGUGGCGAUUGAGCGGCUGGCGGUGACACCCGCAGGCUCGGAGCCGGCCGCGGCGGGCGCCGCCGCCCAGUUGUACUGCCUCCUGACGUACCUAACCGCCGCCGUACCGGAUUCACUGCUGCCCGUACUCACUGCCAGUCCGGCCUGGCAGCGCGACGUGCUGUCGCAGGCUCUCAACCCACACCUGCCUGCCGUACCUGCGGCGGCAUACGGCGACGGUUGCGGCAACGGCCAUGCUGGCGGCGGCAAUUAUGAUGGCGGUUGCGGCGGCGGCGGCAGCGACAGCCAACUGCUUUCCGAGGAUCUGUUGGAGCGGUUGGAGUCGUUGGUGGCGGCGGCGGAGGCUAUGGGGCUGAGCGUGUCGCAGUUGCGUGCCACGGCUUUUGGCGGCCCUGUGGCCCGGGCCGAGCAGCUGAGGAGCAUGCGGCGGCCUGUGGGCGAGGGGGAACAGCAGGCGCUUGCGCCGGUGGAGCUGGAGGCAGCGGCGGCAGCGGCGGCAGCUGCUGCGAGGGUGGUGGGGCUGGGGGAGAAGAUGGAGGAGGUGGAGAGUGAAGAUUGUGGGGCAGCGGGUGGAGGUGGUGGGCGUGCAGCGGCGGUGGAGGCGGCGCCGCCGCCAGCGUGGGCGGCGGCGCUGCGCUGCUGCUCCAACCCACGCUGUGUCAACCUGGAGGGUGAGGGGGAGGCGGGGCUGCCACUGAGCAUGUGCGGCGGCUGCAGGGCGGCCCGGUACUGCGGCGGCGGCUGCCAGCGGGCGCACUGGGGCGGCGGCGGGCACAAGGAGGCGUGCAAGGCGCUGAGGGCCGGCGGCAUGGCUGCGGCGGCAGGGGCACAUGCAUGAAUUUGGAGUGACUGACUAACGCUUCUCGUUUGGUUUACAUGGGUUGCGGACUGCACAUGUGCACCUGGCUAGGCGGCUCGCGGGCGUGCGGUCGAGUUGUGUGCGAACGGCCUCACUCCCCAAGUCACGAACAAGGUGUGGGAAUCUCGCUGCAAGCGGCACAGCGCAAGUGCAGAAGCAACGGGGUGUGCAACGUACGGAUCAAGGCGACGGAGGAAC